AGUUGUGUUCCUUGACUGCCUUUUGUUAUACAUGGUUUGAGCGAGCCUCCAUGUUGGUGAUCCUGCUGAACUGUGUAACCUUGGGAAUGUUUCAUCCCUGUGAGGACAUCGACUGCAAAUCCGAGAGAUGCAAAAUAUUACAGGAUUUUGAUGACUUUAUCUUUGCAUUUUUUGCCAUUGAGAUGGUGAUCAAGAUGGUGGCUCUGGGGAUUUUUGGCAAGAAAUGUUACCUUGGAGACACAUGGAACCGAUUGGAUUUCUUUAUCGUGUUGGCUGGGAUGUUGGAGUAUUCCCUCAACCUUCAGAAUGUCAGUUUCUCCGCAGUGAGGACAGUACGUGUGUUGCGGCCACUAAGAGCUAUCAACAGAGUGCCAAGUAUGCGUAUCCUGGUAACCCUGCUGCUGGACACUCUGCCCAUGCUGGGCAAUGUGCUGCUGCUUUGCUUCUUUGUCUUCUUCAUAUUUGGCAUCGUGGGAGUCCAGCUGUGGGCCGGCCUGCUCAGAAAUCGCUGCUUUGUGGAGGAUAACUUCUCUUUUCCUCUGUCUGCCGAGCUUGAGAAAUACUACCACACUGAAAAUGACGAUGAGAACCCUUUCAUCUGCUCUCAGCCCCGAGAGAACGGCAUGAGGGACUGCGGCUCAGUGCCCAAGCUCUAUGACGAGGCAGGCCUGCAAUGCAAUCUUGACUUGUACUCGUACAACAGUACCGAUAACACCACAUGUGUCAACUGGAACCAGUACUACACCAACUGCUCUGCGGGUCUGGUUAACCCCUUCAAAGGGGCCAUCAACUUUGACAACAUCUGCUAUGCCUGGAUUGCCAUUUUUCAGGUGAUCACUCUGGAGGGCUGGGUGGAUAUCAUGUAUUUCGUGAUGGAUGCUCACUCCUUCUACAACUUCAUCUACUUCAUCCUACUCAUUAUCAUCGGCUCAUUCUUCAUGAUCAACCUAUGCCUGGUUGUCAUUGCCACUCAGUUCUCUGAAACAAAGCAGAGAGAGAGCCAGCUGAUGAAGGAGCAGAGAGUGCGCUUCAUGUCUAGUGCCAGCACCUUGGCUUCCCUCUCCGAGCCGGGGUCCUGCUAUGACGAGCUGCUCAAGUACCUUGUUCACAUCAUCCGCAAGGGGGCAAGGGAGGUGGCCCACAUCUGCAGGUUCCUAGCUCGUCGUGCAGGGAUCAACAUUGCCGCCUCUCCGCCUCCAGUAGAACCCCAGCAACGGCAAAGCCAGAGGAGAAGGAGGAAAUCUUCCAAGCAGGGAUCCUUUUCAGUUCAACACAUGGUGCACCCUCACUACCACUAUCAUCUUGGCAACGGCAGUGUGAAAGCUAAUAUCCGGUGUCUUGAAGGUAGAGAUAUUGAGGCGUCUUCUCAUAACAAUAAUGGAGGUGCGGUCUCUUUAGCUGUGCCACUACCUUCGGCAACAACUGCCUUGUCUGACACAAACCUGGCGGGAUUUGGUGAUUCACACUCAACUCUUGGCGUAUUCCAUCAAGAAACACGUUGCUGUACACCCUCAACUACAAACCUAUGGCAAACCCAGGGCCAGUUCUCUUUGACACCAGCUUCCUCUUCAAGGGCAAUGAAGAGGAACUCUGUGCCUUUUGCUGCCCCUGGGCCUAAGAAUUACCCCACCUUGCAGGCCAGAGCUCUAGCUGAGUCCAGACGAGGAAGUGUCGCAACCAGCACUCUAACAAAUAUCAGCCUCAACGUCCCACCAAUAAACCAUGGGAGAAGGCGGCAGAGCUUGGUGGACACUCUCAACCCCUCAGCUGCAGCCCAGCCCUCCUGCCAGCUGUCGGCCCGUGACCUGAGCAUCACCAGCAGCGCCAUGGACACGGCGAUGUUGACAUUGGACCCUGAGAGUUGCCCUUACUGCGCAAAAGCCUUCGCCAACGAGUCCGAAGGCGGUACAGAGGGAAAUGAGACACCCGGAGAUUCCGACAGCGAGGGCGUCUAUGAGUUCAGCCACGACAUGCGUCGCAGAGACAGGCGAGAUAGCCGGCAGCCCAGGAAAAAACCCUUCCGACUGGGUAAAACAGCCGGAAAGGUGGUGCACUUCUGGAGGUUGGUGUGCGACACAUUCAGGAAGAUUGUCGAUAGCAAGUACUUCGGACGAGGGAUCAUGAUUGCCAUCCUGAUCAAUACGCUAAGCAUGGGCAUCGAGUAUCACGAGCAGCCUGAUGAGCUGACCAAUGCCUUGGAGAUCAGCAACAUUGUGUUCACUAGCCUAUUCUCCCUCGAGAUGCUGUUGAAGGUUUUGGUCUAUGGGCCUUUUGGGUACAUCAAGAACCCCUACAAUAUAUUUGACGGCAUCAUUGUGGUCAUCAGUGUGUGGGAAAUCGUUGGCCAGCAGGGCGGCGGUCUUUCUGUGCUGAGGACCUUCCGACUCAUGCGGGUUCUGAAGCUGGUCCGUUUUAUGCCAGCCCUGCAGAGGCAGCUGGUGGUGCUGAUGAAGACCAUGGACAACGUAGCCACCUUCUGCAUGUUGCUCAUGCUCUUCAUCUUCAUCUUCAGUAUUCUGGGGAUGCAUCUCUUUGGUUGUAAGUUCGGUUCAGAGCGGGAUGGAGACACUCUGCCUGAUAGGAAAAACUUUGACUCGCUUCUGUGGGCCAUUGUAACUGUUUUCCAAAUACUAACACAAGAAGACUGGAACAAGGUGCUGUAUAACGGAAUGGCGUCCACAUCUCCUGUCGCAGCUCUCUACUUCAUUGCCCUCAUGACCUUCGGCAACUACGUUCUAUUCAACCUGCUGGUGGCCAUCUUGGUUGAAGGUUUCCAAACUGAGGAAGUGACCAAGCGGGAGGAUUUGCAUGCCCAACCGAGUCUAAUUCAGCUGCCUGUAGACGCAGGGGGUGAUUCCUCUAAACCAGGUUCCGAGAUUGAUUCUUUUGCACGGAGUGUGGAGGAUGUUAACAGCAGAGAAUUAUCAGCCUCUGCAGUGCCUGUAAAUGGUCAUGUGGAUCUAAAGACCAGCCUGACUCCUCCUCAAAUUACCCACACAGCAGCCACCCCAAUGCCAAUACCUAAAUUGCCUGUUGGGGGUGACCCCAUCCUGGGUUACGAGUCUCGCCGAAGCAGCAGUGUCUCCAUGGACCCAGGCUCCUGUGACAAGUCAAUGGCCAGUGCCCGUAGUGCAUCUCCUUACGCCCCUUGGAGCACCGGUAGUGGCAGGAACAGCCGCAGAUCCAGCUGGAACAGCUUAGGUCGUGCACCGUCCCUCAAACGCCAGGAGCGGCAAUCAGGGGAGCGGCAGUCACUGCUGUCAGAAGAGGGAGGCUCCAGCUCAGAAGAAGGUGAGGACGCAGGAGAAGGAGGAGGUGGGCUGGAGGAGGAUGACGCUUCCAUAGCCAGGACAGACUCCAUGACACAGUCGCAGAGAGGGCACCGUCAUCGGAGGAUGGAGUCAAUAGAAACACGCCGCUCCUUGGAUUUACCCCCUGAUGCUCUACUGCAGGUACCGUACCUGUACCGCUCAGACAGCAUGUACAGUUCCAGACCGCCUCUCCCGAUUACAUUCCGGCCUGCAGAGCAUAUCGAUUGCAACGGGAAGGGCACACCCUCACUGGUGGGCCCUGCACAUGUCUCUUUGGAGGAGAAUACUGAAGAUGAAAAUGCAGAGGAGGAGGCCAAUCUGGGACGUGUUGCUAGAUUGUUUCACUGGCUGGAUAGGAAACAACCUGAGUGGUGUCGACAAAGACACACCUGGUCGCUCUACCUCUUUCCUCCAGAGUCAAGGUUCCGGGAUGUGUGCAAUAAGAUCAUCCACCACAAGAUGUUCGACCAUGUGGUGUUGGUCAUCAUCUUCCUCAACUGCAUUACAAUUGCCAUGGAGCGUCCUCACAUCGACCCCACUAGUGCUGAGCGGAUCUUCUUAACAUUGUCCAACUACAUCUUCACAGCAAUCUUUGUGACUGAAAUGAUUGUAAAGAUUGCGGCUUUGGGUUGGUGCUUUGGAGAUAAGUCCUACCUGAGGAGCAGCUGGAACAUUCUGGAUGGGAUGUUAGUGAUGAUAUCUGUUAUCGACAUCCUGGUUUCUUUCUUCUCCAAUUCUGGUACCAAGAUCCUGGGCAUGCUCCGUGUACUUAGGCUUCUGCGUACCCUGAGGCCACUACGUGUCAUCAGCCGAGCUCCAGGGCUAAAACUGGUCGUGGAGACCUUGAUGUCUUCACUGAAGCCCAUCGGCAACAUCGUGGUCAUCUGCUGCGCCUUCUUCAUAAUAUUUGGCAUCCUUGGAGUACAGCUCUUUAAGGGGAAGUUCUUCGUUUGUCAAGGGGAAGAUGUGAGGAACAUCACCAACCGGUCAGACUGUUUACAAGCCAGCAACAAAUGGGUCAGACACAAGUACAACUUUGACAACCUGGGACAGGCCUUGAUGUCUCUGUUUGUCCUGGCAUCAAAAGACGGUUGGGUGGAUAUUAUGUACGAUGGACUAGAUGCUGUAGGAGUAGAUAAACAGCCAGUGAUGAACUACAAUCCAUGGAUGCUGCUUUACUUCAUCUCCUUCCUUCUGAUCGUGGCCUUCUUUGUGUUGAACAUGUUUGUGGGCGUGGUGGUGGAAAACUUCCACAAGUGUCGGCGCCACCAGGAGGCUGAGGAGGCCAAGCGCAGGGAGGAGAAGAGACUGAAACGCAUGGAGAAAAAGAGACGGAAUUUAAUGGUUCCGGGGGUGAGUUGGGCCCUCUCUGAAGGCACAUUAAAAGAAGCUCAGAGUAAGCCUUACUACUCCGAUUACUCUCCGACCCGUUUGAUUAUCCACAAGCUGUGUACCAGCCACUACCUGGACCUGUUCAUCACCAUCAUCAUAGGGCUCAACGUCGUCACGAUGUCCAUGGAGCACUACCAGCAGCCAAAGGAGCUGGAUGAAGCAUUGAAGAUCUGUAACUACAUCUUUACUCUCAUCUUCGUUCUGGAGUCAGUCUUCAAGCUGGUGGCCUUUGGUUUCCGACGCUUCUUUAAGGACAAGUGGAAUCAGCUGGACCUGGCCAUCGUGCUGCUAUCCAUCAUGGGCAUCACCCUGGAGGAGAUUGAGGUCAAUGCUUCACUGCCCAUUAACCCGACCAUAAUCCGCAUCAUGAGAGUUCUGAGGAUUGCGCGAGUACUUAAGCUUUUGAAGAUGGCGGUGGGAAUGAGAGCCUUACUGGACACCGUUAUGCAAGCCCUGCCACAGGUGGGAAAUUUGGGUCUUCUCUUCAUGCUUCUGUUCUUCAUCUUUGCAGCCCUGGGAGUUGAGCUGUUUGGUGACUUGAUUUGCGAUGAACUCCACCCAUGUGAAGGCCUUGGUCGCUAUGCAACGUUCAAAAACUUUGGGAUGGCCUUUUUGCUGCUCUUCAGAGUUUCAACUGGGGACAACUGGAAUGGUAUCAUGAAGGACACACUGAGGGACUGUGCACAAGACACCGGGACCUGCUACAAUACCGUUGUCUCUCCCAUCUACUUUGUCUCCUUCGUCUUGACCGCUCAGUUUGUCCUGGUCAACGUUGUCAUUGCUGUCUUGAUGAAGCACCUGGAGGAGAGCAACAAGGAGGCAAAAGAGGAGGCCGAGCUGGAGGCCGAGUUGGAGCUGGAGCUGCACAUGGAGGGGGGCGACAUGGCUACCAGGUCGCCCCGGCUUAACCCUCUCACGCUGGGCUUGGACAUGUCAAGUUCUGGGGGUUCCCCCUGGAGGUCCACCGGAGCUGGGGACAUGGGACAGGAUAGGGACUCGCCCACUGUUGAUAUACCCAGGGCACCUGUGAACAUCAUAGACGAUACUCCUUCAUGCUUGGAGCCGCCUCUGGAGUUUGUCCAGCGAAGAGCCCAGUUUGACUCGGUCUCCCUGGUCAUCCAAGGUUCAAUGGAUGGGGAGUUGAGUUUGAUGGACAACUUGUCUGGCUCUGUGUGCCGCUACUACGCGCUGCCCUCAAAGGCCAGCAAGCCCGACACCGACAAAGAGAUCCCUCUAGCCGAGAUGGACGCUCUCUCUCUGGCCUCUGAGAAAUCCUGGUCCCUAGCUCUGACAGAAGACUCGGUCACUGAUGAUAUUAACUCCCUCUUUCUCAGCAGUCUGGAAUGCAAUACCGAGCAGCUCGACUCUGGGGGAACAGUGGAGGACAACCUGUUGAGUGUCAGAAAACCUGUGGUAGGACGCACACACUCCCUACCCAACGACAGCUAUAUGUUCUUCCCGCUGCAGCCUUCCGUCAAGCCAACCGUGGCUUCAGCACAGCUUCUUGCACAAGCACCUAAGCCCCAGCACAUACUGAGCCCCCAUAGAGCCCACUCAGACUCCAGUGGUUCAGUACUUUUGCAACCAGAAGAGUUUUCCCAACGACUGGCCAUCCCCACCGACCUCUUUAGACCCAUCAGCCCUCACAGCCACUCCGACUCUGAAAGCAUACCACGACUACCCCCUCCCAGACACUCACAUACGCUGAGCCGCAAGCUGCGCAGACAGGUCGCAGUGUCUACUGACUCUCAGGAGGCCCUGUGCUCGGAUGGAGAGGGAAGCAGUGAAGGACUUGUGAAUGCGGCUUCUCUUGGCCUCCCUCCACAUCUCUCUGGCUCCUCAUCCUCCACCUCCUCACCCUUUACCUUCCACCAUCACCAGCAAGAGCAGCCUGCGCUCUGUCUGGUCCCGGCCACACCGGGGGCGUCCCCGAAACCUUCGCGCCCCAGCGGUGUGCACGGCCGCUUCGACUCACCUACGCCCUUACCGGUGAGGCCGCAGCGACAAAACGAGGCAUCCGUGGAUCAGGAAGUGUCCCUUAUUACCGGGGCCGGGAGCGAUGACGUCAUCCAGACUGACGAAUUCGGCAGUAGCAGCAGCGUCGGCGCCAGAGAGGACUACGAGAACAACACGCACUGUCAAGAAAGCGGGAGCCCUCGCUUGAGGCCUUUGAAGAGGUUCCACAGUGUUGACACACAAGGCCGCAGCGUCCUCCUGCCCCGCCUUCGCCCUUACUCCUGGCUGGACGACCCGCGGCGCCACUCGGUGGAGGUCUGCUCCGUGGUGGAGUCCCGCCCCCAAUACAACACCACGUCCACGUCUUCUGGUUUCGUGUCGCAGGCCGACAGUCUGCAGAUCCACAGCCAGAAUCAGACCUCGCUGCUCUCACCACGCCGCAAAAAGAAGAUGAGCCCACCUUGCAUCUCUGUGGAUCCGCCUGACGGACCGGAGCCGCCGUCAGGGUUGCCGCCGCCCUUGCCCAGUUGGGACACAUGCCUGAGGCGGAGAGCGCCCUCUAGUGACUCGAAGGACUCUUUAGAUCUCGGUGUCGGAGAAGGUCCUGGACAGGACCCCAACGCCAACCCCAUGCUACUGACUCUUCCCAGUUUGUCCUUUGAGAAGACUGAUGGCUGACAAGCGAACACACAAAGACGCACACGAGACCUAAUGUGAUAUUUCAAGUUAUGCUGUAAAGAGUGAGACACCCCCGGCUCCUUCCCCAGGAGCAGUGCUGUAGUAGCGCCACUGUCCUUUGUCUUUGUAUUUUUUAAACUGCCAAAAAGGGAGACCACACAAGACACACCAGCGUCUCCCCUCCUGCUUACAGCUGCAUGCAAUUGGCUGCAGUCGACCCGGCAACCUCUGGAGUGACGUCCCAAAGCGAUGCCACCUUAGAACUUCCAUUGGAGGUACAAAGCAAUAUGAACGUUUUAGAGACACUAUUUUCUUAAAUUAUUAGACAGGAUGUUAGUUAGAUUAUUAGUGUUUGUACAGUAUGUUGUUUUUUUUAAUGUUUUUUUUUUUUUCAUUCUCUUAUGUUCAUGUGACUUUUUUCUGAAAGCUUUUGUCUUGUUUUUUUUCUUCCACUCACGGUUAUUUCUAGCUUUUUUGGUUUACUGAGGAAAGUGGACGUUUUACAAAUUGCUGAAAACUAUGUAUUUGUAGGAAUAAUAUAUAAAUAUAUAUAUAACAAGUUAUUAAACGCAGCUUGGAUUUUUAAGCACACUCAUAUAACUCAGUGGUUGAUUGUUACAGUAGAACCGGAAGCCCAAUCCUCAUGUGUUACGAAUCGCUACAAACUUUUGUUUAGUGUUUGUGUUUCAUUGCUUCCAUGUUAUUAAACAUAGCUUGGGGAGGAAAGAAUGUUGAAAAGAAAUUGAAUGAAGGGGAUUAUCAAACAAUCCUCGACUUGUGUGACGCUGGAAAUGACACAGAAGCACAUUAUUUCUUGUUUCACCUCAUGAACCUUUUUCUAUACUAUGGAUUUAUUUAUUUUUCAAAAUAAACACUUAUUUAAACUUGGAUUCUUGCAACAAAAAAUAAUUGUGGGGAGCUAAAGCAGCACCUAUGUGAAUGUCAUAGUCCGGGGCGUGGGUUUUUGUAUACCACAAAAAGAAGGGGGUUAUAAUUCAAGGCAGGCUGUUAUAUUCGAAUUUUAAAAAAAGGUUUAUCACUUUUCCAUGGAUAAUAACUCUAUUUUUCAACUUUAUUUAUAAUUUGGGGUGCAUGGAACAAAUAGAACAGUGAUUCUCAAACUGCGGGCUCCAUCUUGUGAUAUGCCCAAGAAUCACUUGAGUAAAUAUUCAAACACAGUGUUACUCUUCAAACUGUAUGUAAUGUUACAGUGGCCAAAAGUAUUUAAUAUGCUUUAUAAUUAAAACAGCUGACUUGUUUUUAAUUAAUAUUUAGCCCUACUACACUACUGUAUUUUAAUGUGGUUCACUAUGGUGUUUUUUCUGAGGUGGUACUUUAAAAACCACUGCUAUAGAAAGUAAAAUGUGGCUCUUUUUUUACCACAUGGGCCACAAUUACUAAAUAUUUGUGUUUAUAAAAUGCCUGCAAGUAUAGCUGAUUGACUAAGAUUGUGGGCAGAGGAUUGCGUCUCUUAAAUAAGCAAACUAGCGAGCGCAAUCCAUUUAGCGUGUCUGUCUUCAUGUGUAUGCAGAAGAGAUGCUGAUUAUCAGAGCGUCCACAAUACUGGGAAUAGGAGAUGCACAUAAAUUAUUUCAGCACUUGCAGUGUGAUUCAUCAUAACUCAAACUCCUCUGGGCCCGCUGUUUUGUGUCGAUACCUACCGCUUUUGAAAUGUUUGAUCAAACUGAGACCGUUGCUCACAAAAUGGCUGUGAGAAAUGUCAGUGUGCGUGUCAAAAUAUUUGGACUGUCAUAAAUUAUAAUAGACAUAUUGCCUAUUCAGCGAUGUCAUUUUAUACUGUAACUGCUAAAUGACAUAACCCAGCAGGCACAAGACGUUAACAACGUUGAUUAUACAUACAUGUCCUUUAAAACUGACUUUAAAACGACAUUGCAAAAUAGUUGUAUUUGUAAAUUGAGAUAACGUUGAUGUCUAACGUUGGAUCCACGUUGUUGGUUGGGAAAUGACCGAAUUCCGAUGGUCAAUUCAACGUCAUUAAAUAAACGUUGUCAAAAAGUAUGUUGUUUCAAUGUUGUACAUGUGUGGUAGAAUAUUGGUUAGAAAAUGACCAAAAUUCAACCGUCAAAUCUAUGUCAGAAACAAAUAUUGAUUAAACAUUGUCAAAAAGCAUGCUGUUCCAACGUUUGGUUUGACUUGCUCAAUGUCAGAACCUAAUUCAGCAAGUUCUCAACAUUGUUUUAAUGUCUUGUGCCUGCUGGGAAGGGGCUAAUUAAAAUAAAUUUAAUUGAUA